CAUUGACCCCUCCCGCCCGCCGUAGACCGGGCUUCCUUUCUAAGAUGGCGGCGUCCAGCGGGAGGAGCGGCCGGAGGCUGUGGGCCGCGCUGGUGCCCGCCGCCCUGCUGUGCCUGGCGGCCCGGGCCGCGGAGGAACCGAGCACGGCCGAGUUCGACGUGCGGCCCGGCGGGGAGGUUCACUCCUUCUCCCGGAGCCUGGGGGAUUACACCUGCACCUUCACAUACUCAGCUCAGGGAGGAACGAACGAGCAAUGGCAGAUGAACAUUGGAGUCAGCGAAGACAACCUGCUCUUCUCCUGCUCUGUCUGGAGGCCCCAAGGGAAGUCUUACCUCUUCUUUACCCAGUUUAAAGCUGAAGUGAAAGGAGCCAAGAUAGAGUAUGCCAUGGCUUAUUCUCAAGCUGCAGUGGGUGGACAAAGCGACGUCCCCUUAAAACAGGAAGAAUUUGAAAUCACCGAAACAACAGUGUCUCACAGGGAAGGCAAGUUCCGUUUUGAACUGUCCAAACUCAUGAUUGUAGCAAAAACACCCCGUGACGAGCUGUGACCCCCGAGGCCGGUGUUGGGCAGGGUGUUUUGGCUGGAAGAGCAUGGCAGAUAAAGAGGAUUACUUGUUAACUGUGGGUUUUUUUGGUUGGCCAAACCUUUUAUGUUUUCCAUAUUGAAAUGUGCUAGGGUCCAACACAAGUGGGACUUGGAGGUGUUAAGACAGAUGCAUUCUGUCUUGUGUCAGAGUAACAAUGUGCUUUGCAGCUGGAAACCUCCUCUGAGACUCCUGAUCUGCAGCCAGCCAUUCUGUCGCCCGCUUUCUGCUUGGUUGAUCUGCUGAAUAUGGUAAAGCUCCCCUCGAACGGGGGCUCCUUAUCUCCCUUGCUGGGAAGAGCAAUGCAGAAAGAUAAGUGGCUGGAUUUAAACAGGGCUUGCUAAAUGAAAGUUGUUAGCUCUGUAGUCUCUGGAGGGGAGACAGGAUUUCUCUCUCUGCAAGCCUGCCAGGAGGAAAUAAUUAUAUUGGGGAGGGGGGGGCAGGAAGGAAGGGAUAGAGUUGGCCAAAGCUAUCUGACUCCUUGUGGAGUGCGGCUACCGAAGACCUUCGCUGGGGAGGAUGUUCUGGACCUGCCCUAGCGCGGGUUGGGAUAACUUGGCACGGGGAAGGCAGAGCUGCUUAUUCUGACACAACCCAGGAAUCGAUCCAAGCAACGCUUUCAUGUCUCAGUACAACUGCAGGACUAUUUUCUACGUACAGAAGUGAUUUUCUUCUUACCUAGAGAAAUAACAGUGAGGGAAUGUGGAAUUCCUUUCCUGUGUAAAUACAACACAAAUAAAGAAAUAAAGCAUCAUGC